AAAAUCGGCAUCUCCAAAAGGUAAAUGCAUGGACUCAGCAGGCGAAGGUGAAUAUACGUGUAACAACAUAUUCAGAGGUUUGGCUAUUAUAAUCUGCAAUGAAAAUUUCAAAGAACCUAAUAAACCCCGCCGCUGUUGUGAUGAUGAUUUACAGCUAACGAAGGAGACAUUUUCGAAAUUACAAUUUUUAGUGAUGGCUUUCAAAGAUUUGACAGGAAGACAGAUAGGCUUGGUUUUCGAUAUUGCCGCAGGACAAGAGGAGUUCCAUAUGAAAUCAGACUGCUUUGCCUGUGUUGUUGCAAGUCAUGGAAACGAGCGAUAUAGACCUGUUGAUGACAAAAAGCCACCUGGGUUGUAUUUCAGAGACCACUGUGUCUAUGGAAUAGACAAUGAACCAGUCGCAACAAAACAGAUUGUUAAAAAGUUCUCUGAAGUUACAUCCCUUGAAAAUAAACCUAAGCUUUUCUUUAUACAGGCUUGUCGUAUUGUCCCGAACGGGAUAUGUUCUAUAGACGAAGGACAUACUGUAAGUGUAGACCCCUCAAAUUUCCAAGACGAAGUGAUAUUAAAAAAUGCAGAUGAUAUUCCGGAACCAAGCUUUUUCGAUAGAUUAUUAGGAAGAAAAACCAAUACAAUGGACACCCCAAAGAUAAUCCGUGUUCUUGAUCCACCAUGCGAAGAUGAUUGUCUCAUUGUUUAUUCAUCUAACUCAGAAAAGGAGUCUUACGGGAGGCAUGCUAGUUAUAUAAAUGGUGGUUGGAUGUUAAUAUCUUUAUAUAAUGCAGUGGACAAAUAUUUGCAGGCUCUACACAUUAACAUGAUAAACCGUAUCGAUAUAAUAGAUGUUUUAUAUGAGAUGACAAGUUACGUUGCCAAGAGAAUGGAAGUAUAUUCAAAAGAAACUGCUUAUCAAAAGCGUAAGGCAGCUAUAGUUUUCGAACACUGUUUUCACAGAGAGUUAUUUUUCAAAUAGUUGAAUUUCAA